CUGAAUUUUGCCAUGAAUAUUCAGGCCUUACAGAAGAAGCAGCAAGACACUAAGAAUCUGGCUUCAUUAUCUAACCAAAGUGAGAGACAAGCAACAGAACUUGAGCACAAUGUGGCUCAGAUGAAGCAUCAGCAGACCCAGCUACAGAAGAGACUGUGUGAGGAGAGUGAGAAAAAGAAGCAACUAGAAGCAGAGAUUCAGCGGGACCAGCAACAAAUUAAAGAACUUCAGUUAAAGAUGGAACAACAGCAGAAGAUUCUUAAACUUAAGGAUAAAGAGAUUGAUGCAUUUAAAAAGAAGAAAAAUAACUCAGUGGAAACUUCACAGAAGGUACAGAAAUUAGAAGAGCAAAAGAAAUGGCUGGAUGAAGAAAUGGAAAGAAUUCUCCAACAGCACCAACAGUUAGCAGAACUAGAAGAAGAUUUAAAGAAAAGAGAAGCCAUUGUAGCCAAAAAAGAAGCAUUAUUGCAAGAGAAGAGCCACCUGGAAGUCAAGAAACUGAGAUCUAGCCAGGCUUUAAACAAAGAUAGUAUGAAAUUGACUACUCGCUUAAGUAUGCUGGAUCAGGAGCUAUGUGAUAAAGAUAAGCAGCUUCAGGGCAGCACCACUGAAGAUAAGAUAGACAUUUUGAAAAAAAUACAGGUUCUCCAGAUGGAAAGAGAUCAGCUACUCAGAAGAAGAAACAGUGUGGAUGAGAAACUGAAAGAUGGUAAAGUGUUGUCAACUGAAGAAGAACAUGGCCUUUUCCAGCUGGAAGAGGGGAUUGAAGCCCUGGAGGCUGCCAUUGAUUACAAGAAUGAAAGUAUCCAGAAUCGCAAGCACUUGCUGAGGUCGUCUUCACAGAUUCUUUCACAGAGCGAGAAUAAUGUAGUAGGAAAACUAGUUUCCCUGUCUGCUGCUGAGCUCAGAGCUAUCCUCUUCAAAUAUUUCAACAAGAUUGUUAGCCUUCGUGAAUCUGAACGUAAAUUACAACUCCAGAUUGAAGAACAGGAAAUGAAGGUCAUAGACCAGGAAAACAUAAUACGUGAAUUAGAAUCUGCACUUGAACAUGUCAAGUUGCAGUGUGACAGACAGAUGACCCUUCAACACAAAGAACAUGAGAAAAAAAUACAGUUAAUACUGCUUCAUUUCAAAGAACAAGAUAGUGAAGGUAUUGCAGAAACCUUGAAAGGGUAUGAAGUAAAAGUCCAGCAACUGGAAAAAGACUUAUUUUUCUAUAAGAAAACAAGCAGAGAACUGAAGAAGAAAUUGAAGGGCCUCUGUGGAGAAUCAUCACAUCAACUGCUGGCAUCCACUAAACAUAACAGUGCUGGUGAUAAGACGUCCAGUCAAGAUGAAGCAGAAGUUGUUUCUGAAGAAUUCAAGCCGACCCCUAACCCUGAAACCAGUAUUCGACCAGGGAAAAUAAAAGAAACAGAUAGAACGAGUGUUUUAAGAGCACAGCAGAAUUCAUACAAGCUUGGAGAAGAUGUUUCAGAGUUUGGGUGCAACAAGGAAUGUUUGUCAAGUCCUGGUGAUGACAAAACAGGAACAGCUGAAGUUCAGCCUUCAAAAUCUCAGCUAUCGUCUGUCAUCCACAGGAGAGAGGCCGUAACACAGUUUCCAGGAGUAACUCCAGUAAAACUGUCUCGCCGAGACCUGCGUCAUAUUCCUCCCUCUGAAUUAUCUUUGAGACGCUCAAGCCUUGGAGUUGGUGUCAGUUUUGUUGCUCCAGAUUCCAUCGAAAUGGACAAAAAGUCCAGUGUCACUAAGACAUAG